GGUGGCAUCCAGCGAUGGCAGCGGGGAGGACGGCAGCGGCGCACCAUGGCCGAGCGCUACCCACGUGCCCAGCGUGGGGCUGGCACCCACCGCGCCCGGGCCCCCCCCUGUGCCUGCGGGGAUGGUGGUGGCCGAGGACGAGCCCCCACUGAUUUAUUUCCGGGCGCUGGUGAACUUCACCCGCAGCAUCGACUACAGCCGGCGCCUGGAGGACCCCGACUCCGAGGAGUUCCGGGAGAUCUCGGAGGCCGUGGUGGAUGCGCUGGAGUCCGAGUAUUACAAGGUGCCCGGGGAGCAAAUGGUCAGCGUGGUGUUCAUCAAGGAGCUGGAGGGUGAUGUGUUUGUGGAGCUGGACGUGGGCUCGGAGGGCAACGGGGACGAGCAGCAGCUUGGGGGGGUCCUGCGGGACCUCCUGGCCGGGGGCUCCAUUGCCUCCUACGUCACCUCCCCGCAUGGCUUCCAGUUCCGGCGCCUGGGGGCCGUGACCCCCCACCCGCGGCCCUGCACCGCCACGGAGUUCACGUGCGGCAGCGGCGACUGCGUCCCCGGCGAGUACCGGUGCGACCGGCGGCACGACUGCCGCGACGGCUCCGACGAGCUCGGCUGCGACCCCUCCACACGGGUGCCCCCCACCACGUCCCGCCCGGCUGCCACCACGCGCCCGCUGAGCACCGCCACGGCCGCCGUCACCCCAGCGCCGUGGCGCCCCGGCACCCCCCGGCCCCCCAGCACCCCCCGGCCCCACAAGCCGCCGGUCGAUGGGUGCCGGGCGGGAGAAGCCGCCUGUGCCAAUGGGCGCUGCAUCCCCCGUGACUACCUGUGUGAUGGAGAGGCCGACUGCGCCGACGGCAGCGACGAGGAGGCUUGCGGCACCCCGUCCCCAUGCGAACCCAACGAGUUCAAGUGCCGCAACGGGCACUGCGCGCUCAAGCUUUGGCGAUGCGACGGCGAGAACGACUGCGGUGAUGGCUCCGAUGAGGCCGAUUGCCCCACCAAGGCGCCCGGCGCGGCGUGUGGACCGGCAGAGUUCCGGUGCGUGGCCAGCGGGACCUGUAUCCGCGCCAGUUACCAGUGCGACCGCGAGCCCGACUGCCCCGACCGCUCCGAUGAGGUUGGCUGCGUGCCCCCGCAGGUGGUGUCGCUGCCGCGGGACGCGGUGCGGGCCGUGCCGGGUCAGACUGUCACCUUCACGUGCGCGGCUACCGGCGUCCCCACGCCCAUCGUCACCUGGCGCCUCAACUGGGGACACCCCCCCAGCAGCCACAGGGUGUCGAUUGUGAGCGAGGCUGGCCAGGGCACACUGACCAUCCGCGACGUGAAAGAAUCCGACCAAGGUGCCUACACCUGCGAGGCCAUCAACACCCUGGGCAUGGUGUUCGGCAUCCCCGACAGCAUCCUCACCGUCACCCGCCCCGGGCCAUGCCCCGAGGGCCACUUCGAGGUGACGGGGACAUCCCGCUGCCUGCCCUGCUUCUGCUUCGGCGUCACCACCUCCUGCCGUGCCACCGCCCGGCACCGGCACCGCCUGCGCCUGCGCUUUGACCGCCCUGGAGACUUCAAGGGUGUCAACGUGACGAUGCCGGCGGCGCCAUCCACACCGGUGCUCUCGGCCACCCAGCUCCACGUGGAUGUGGGUUCUGAGGAAUUCCAGCUCCUGGAUCUGUCCCGACGCUUCCUGGCCCUCGAUGCCUUCUGGGCACUGCCAGAUGCAUUCCUUGGGGACAAGGUGGAUGCCUACGGGGGAGCGCUGAGCUAUGGGGUGCGGUACCGGCUGGGACGCGGCCCCCCCGAGCCCACCACACACCCCGAUGUGGUGCUGCGGGGCCACGGGCGGCAGCUGCGGGCACGCGAUGGGGACACCCAGCCCGACGUCCUCAACCGGCGGCACGUGCCCUUCACCGAGGACCGCUGGGAGGACGAGGAGGGCGCCCCGGUGAGCCGGGAGCUGCUGCUGCUGGUGCUGCAGGACCUGGAGGGCAUCUUCAUCCGCGCGGUGUACGACGGGCGCAUGGCCAGCGUGGGGCUCAGCGACGUGGCCAUGGACACCACCAGCACCACUGACACCGGCCUGGGGCCCGCCGGAGACGUCGAGGAGUGCAGGUGCCCCGUGGGCUACGCAGGGCUGUCGUGCCAGCGCUGUGCCAGCCGCUUCGAGCGGGUGACAAAGGGACCCUACCUGGGGACGUGCUCCGGCUGCGGCUGCCACGGGCACUCCAGCACCUGCGACCCCGUUUUUGGGCACUGCCUGAACUGCCAGCACAACACCGAGGGGCCCCAGUGCGAGAAGUGCAAACCCGGCUUCUUCGGCGAUGCCACCAAGGGCACGGCCACCGCGUGUCACCCGUGUCCUUGUCCCUACACGGAGCCGGCUCGGAGGUUUUCGGAGUCGUGCUUCCUGGACACCGAUGGACAAGCCACGUGUGAUGCCUGCGCACCCGGUUACGCCGGGCGCCGCUGCGAGAGGUGCGCCCCGGGCUACGAGGGAGACCCCAUCCAACCGGGCGGCAAGUGCACCCCCAUCGGUCAGGAGCUCAUCAAGUGUGAUGCCCGUGGGGGCAAGGAUGAGGAUGGUGGCACGUGUCGGUGUAAGCCCAACGUGCGGGGCCGGCUCUGCGACUCCUGUGCCGCCGGCACGUUCCACCUGAGCGCGGCCAACGCCGAGGGCUGCCUGCCCUGCUUCUGCAUGGGCGUCUCGCGGCACUGCGCCAGCUCCGCCUGGAGCCGACACCAGGUCGCGCUCACCGCCGAGGACACGGCACCGCUGUCCCUGGCCACGGCAGCCGGGGCGCAGCCGGUGGGUGCCAGCGCCCGCUUCUCCUCGCCGUGGGAGCUGCUCUUCGACACCUUCCAUGCGCUGCCCCGUGAUGUCUACUACUGGGUGCUGCCCACACCCUUCGCCGGGGACAAGGUGACAUCGUACGGCGGCGAGCUGCGGUUCACGGUGACGCACCGCGCGCCGGCGGGGGCACAACCGCUGCCGCGCCAGCCCCACGUCCUGCUGCAGGGCAACGGCAUCCUCCUGGAGCACUUCUCUGACACCAGCGUCCCCUCCGGCGUCCCCACCACCGUCACCGUGCCCAUCCGCGAGCACGCCUGGCGCAGAGCGGAUGGGCGCGAGGCCACGCGGGAGCAUCUGCUGAUGGCGCUGGCUGAUGUCGAGCUCUUCAUGAUCCGGGCGUCCUAUGCGGAGCAGACGGAGGAGAGCAGGCUGUCCGAUGUCACCCUGGACGUGGCGGUGCCGCACGCCACCGGGCGCCCGCCGGCGCUGGAGGUGGAGGAUUGCACGUGCCCGGCCGGGUACCGGGGGGCCUCCUGCCAGGACUGUGACACCGGGUACACCCGCAGCAGCGCCGGGCUCUACCUGGGCACGUGUGAGCCCUGCCAGUGCCACGGCCACGCCACCGAGUGCCACCCGGAGACCGGUGUCUGCCAGGGAUGCCGGGAUCACACCGAAGGUCCCCAGUGUGACAAGUGCCAACCCGGCUACUAUGGUGAUGCCACCCGCGGCACCACCGGUGACUGCCAGCCCUGUCCCUGCCAUGGACCCCAUGGGGAAAGCCAGGUGACCAAGACCUGCUUUGAAGACACGGAUGGGCAGCCAACCUGCAGCGCCUGCGCCCCGGGGCACAGCGGGCGCCAGUGCCAGAGGUGCUCGCCUGGGUACGUGGGGGACCCGCUGCGGGGGGAGCCGUGCCGAGAGCCAGGUGUCCCUGUGGGGCAGUGCCAAUGUGACCCACGCGGCAGCACCGGCGAGGGCUGCAAUGCCAACGGGCAGUGCCGCUGCAAGGCCAACGUGGAGGGGCCCCGCUGUGCCUCCUGCCGGCCCCAUCACUUCCACCUGAGCGCGGACCAGGCGGCCGGGUGCCUGCCCUGCUUCUGCAUGGGCAUUGUCCAGCACUGCGCCAGCACCGGCUAUGCCCGCGGCACCGUGCAGACGCGGUUCGGUGCCGGGGAUGCUCAAGGCUUCGCGCUGGUGAACCGGCAGCGCAGCACCCGCGUGGGCUCCGGCUUCACGGUGCAGCCGGGGCCCCCCCAGCCCCGCCUCAGCUACGGCCGCUUCGGGGACCUGCCCCCCGACUCCUACUACUGGCAGCUGCCGCCCCCCUACCAAGGGGACAAGGUGGGCUCCUACGGCGGACGCCUCCGCUACACCCUCACCUACACACCGGGGGGGCAGGGAGCACCCCUGCCUGACGCCGACAUCCAGAUCACGGGCAACGACAUCACUCUGGUGGCCCAUCAGCCCGACCUGCCUCCAGGCACCCCCCAGCCCUUCGAGAUCAUAUUCCGGGAGCAAUACUGGCAGCGCCCGGAUGGACAACCGGCGACACGGGAGCAUCUCCUGAUGGCUUUGGCCGACCUGGAUGAGAUCCUCAUCCGAGCCACCUACUCCACCAGCACGGCCGCAUCCGGCAUCGCCGAUGUCUCCAUGGACGUGGCCGUGCCCCCCCAGCCCGGCCUCCCCCCGGCCCUCGAGGUGGAGGAAUGCCGCUGCCCCCCCGGGUACCACGGGCUGUCCUGCCAGGACUGUGCCCCCGGUUACACCCGCACCGGGGGGGGGCUGUACCUGGGGCACUGUGAGCUCUGCGAGUGCAAUGGGCAUUCUGAGAGCUGCCACCCCGAGAGCGGCGUCUGCUCCGGAUGCCUGCACAACACAGCAGGGGACUUCUGUGACCAGUGUGCCCCUGGGUUCUAUGGGGAUGCCACCGCUGGUACCCCCGAGGACUGCCAGCCCUGUGCCUGUCCCCUCCCGUACCCCGAGAACCAGUUCUCCAGGACCUGUGAGAGUUUGGAGGGCGGUGGGUACCGCUGCACCGCCUGUGAGCCGGGAUACACCGGGCAGUACUGUGAGCGCUGUGCCCCCGGCUAUGUGGGUGACCCAUCGGUGCCCGGGCAGGGCUGUGUCCCGGUGGGCCCCCCGGUGCCGCUGGCCGUCCGCGUGCACCCACCGCGCACCGCGGUGGCCCAGGGCAGCGCCGUCACCCUGCGGUGCCAGGCCACCGGGGACCCCCCUUUCUACUACCACUGGGCACGGGAAGAUGGGAGACCCCUCCCCGAGGGUGCCCAGAGCCGGCAGCAAGGUGAGGAGCUGCACUUUGCCAGCAUCCAGCCCUCCGAAGCCGGUGUCUACAUCUGCUCCUGCCGCAACCUGAGGCACAGCAACGCCAGCCGCGCUGAGGUCAUCGUCACCGAGACCCCAGGCAAACCCAUCACCGUCACCGUGGAGGAGAAGCGGGUGCAGCGGGUGAAGCCCGGGGCCGAUGUCACCUUCGUCUGCACCGCCAAGAGCAAGUCUCCUGCCUACACUCUGGUGUGGACGCGGCAGAACCACGGCUCGCUGCCGGCGGGGGCCGUGGACUUCAAUGGCAUCCUGACCCUGCGGCGCGUGCGGCCCGAGGACGCCGGCGUCUACGUCUGCACCGGCUCCAACAUGCUGGACAUGGACGAGGGCACCGCCACGCUCUACGUGCAGGCACCUUCCAAGACUCAGAUGUUUUAUGGCCCCGUUGAGUUCAUGGAAGGGCACAGACCGGCCGGCACCGCCGCAGCCCCCACCGCCGCCGUGGAGCCGGCGCAGCUGAGCGUGGCACCGGGGCAGCCGGCAGAGUUCCGCUGCGUGGGCACCGGCAGCCCCCUGCCCACCCUCGAGUGGCUCGGAGCGCUGCCACCACGGGCUGUGGUCCAUGGGGGGACGCUGCGGUUCAGCGCCGUGGAGCCGGCGGAUGAAGGGCACUACAUGUGCCGGGCGCGCAGCAGCGCCGGGCAGCACACGGCACGGGCCUUCCUCCGUGUGCAAGGCACCAACGCACCGCAGGUGCAGGUGAGCCCGGAGCAGACAGAGGUGCAGGAGGGCUCCACGGUGCGGCUCUACUGCCGGGUCUCGGGGUCACCCACCGCCACCAUCACCUGGGAGAAGCAGGGGGGCACCCUGCCGCCGCAGUCCCGCACUGAACACGGUGACAUCACCACGCUGGUCAUCCCCGCCGUGACAGCGGCCGAUGGGGGCAUCUACCUCUGUGUGGGCACCAGCGCCGCGGGCACGGCUCGCGCUGCCAUCGAGGUGGUGGUGGUGCCAGGGUCUUCACCGCCCGUGCGCAUCGAGUCCUCAUCCCCAUCCGUCACCGAGGGGCAGACCCUGGACCUGGACUGCGUGGUGGCCGGAGCCGGUGCCACCACCGUGACGUGGCACAAGCGCGGUGGCUCCCUGCCCGCCGGGCACCAGGUCUCAGGGUCCCGGCUCCGUGUCCCCCAUGUCACAGCGGCUGAUUCAGGGGAGUACGUGUGCCGGGCGAGCAUGGGGACCACCGUCCGGGAGGCGUCCGUCACCGUCACCGUCAUGCCUAGAUCCGGCUCAUCCUAUGGGCCACCAGCUUCGGGUGUCCCCAUCCGCAUCGAUGCGUCUUCAUCCACCGUGGCCGAGGGACAGACCCUGGACCUCAACUGUGUGGUGGCCGGGCAGGGACAGGCCACUGUCAUCUGGUACAAGCGCGGGGGGUCCCUCCCGGCCAAGCACCAGGUGUCCGGCUCCCGGCUGCGGUUGCUGCAGGUGACAGCGGCUGACUCGGGCGAGUACGUGUGCCGGGUGACCAGCGGGGCCAGCACCAAGGAGAGCGCGGUGAUGGUCACCAUCCAGCCCAGCGGGGCCAGCACCUACCCUCCGGGCAGCACGACCCCGCUGCGCAUCGAGUCCCCGUUCUCUGCUGUGGCCGAGGGACAGAGCCUGGACCUCAACUGCGUCAUCGCCAGCCCCGCACAGGCCACUGUCACCUGGUACAAGCGCGGGGGGACCCUCCCAGCCAAGCACCAGGUGUCCGGCUCCCGGCUGCGGCUGCUGCAGGUGACAGCGGCCGACUCGGGUGAGUACGUGUGCCGGGUGACCAGCGGGGCCAGCACCAAGGAGACCUCCAUCAUGGUGACCAUCCAGCCCAGCGGGGCCAGCACCUACCCUGCGGGCAGCACGACCCCACUGCGCAUCGAGUCCUCGUCCUUGUCAUCGCCCGUGCCCGAGGGACAGAGCCUGGACCUCAACUGCGUCAUCGCCAGCCCCGCACAGGCCACUGUCACCUGGUACAAGCGCGGGGGGACCCUCCCAGCCAGGCACCAGGUGUCAGGCACCCGCCUGCGCAUCCCACAGGUGACAGCGGCCGACUCGGGGGAGUACGUGUGCAGGGUGACAACGGGCGGCAUCCCACACGAGACAUCCCUCAUCGUCACCAUCCAGAGCGGCGCCGGCUCCUCCUACGCCGUCGGCGUCACCCCCCCGGUGAGGAUCGAGACCUCGUCCGCUGCCGUCACCGAGGGACAGACCCUGGACCUCAACUGCAUGGUGGCCGGACAGGGGCACCCCCACGUCACCUGGUACCGGCGCGGUGGGGCUCUGCCCCCCAACAGCCAGGUAUCGGGGACCCGCCUGCGCCUCGCUCAGGUGGCGGUGGCAGAUUCGGGGGAGUACGUGUGCAGGGUGACCCUGGGCAGUGCCACGCAGGAGGCGUCCGUCAUCGUCACCGUGCCCAGCAGCGCCGGCACCUAUUACCCCUCCAGCGUGUCCCAGCCCCUCCGCAUCGAGUCCUUGUCCUCGGCCAUCGCUGAGGGACAGGUCCUGGACCUCAACUGCGUGGUGGCAGGGUCCGGUCCCACCACCGUGACGUGGUACAAGCGCGGCGGCUCCCUGCCCGCCGGACACCAGGUGUCGGGCUCCCGCCUGCGCAUCCCCCAGGUGACAGCAGCCGAUUCAGGGGAGUACGUGUGCAGGGUGACAUCGGGUGGCAUCACGCAGGAGACGUCCCUCAUCGUCACCAUCGAUGAUGGAGCCAACCCGUCCCACUCCACCGGUGUCACGUCCCCCAUCCGCAUCGAGUCCUCCGCAUCCUCCGUCACCGAGGGACAGACCCUGGACCUGGACUGCGUGGUGGCCGGGCAGGGCCAAGCCACCAUCACCUGGUACAAGCGUGGGGGGGCCCUCCCGGCCAAGCACCAGAUGUCGGGGUCGCGCCUGCGCCUGUCCCAGCUCUCGGUGGCCGAUUCGGGGGAGUACGUGUGCCGGGCUGACACGGGCAGCGUGUCCCGCGAGGCCACCGUCACCGUCACCGUCACCUCCCGGGACAGCUCCAGCUACCGCCUGCAGAGCCCCAUCAUCUCCAUCGACCCGCACAGCAUGGCGGUGGCACCGGGUGAGGAUGCCACCUUCAAGUGCCGCGUCCACGACGGCGCCCGGCCCGUCAACAUCACUUGGCGGAUGGGACCUGGCCAACAUUUCCAAGACAAUGUGAAGAUCAGCGCCAACGGCUCCGUCAUCUCCAUCACCGGUGCCCAUGUGAGCAACCAGGGUGCCUAUCACUGCGUGGCUUCCAACCGCUUUGGUGUUGCUAGCAGCGUUGUCAACCUCCUGGUGCAAGGUGCCCCCACGGUGUCGGUGAUGCCACCGGGCCCCGUGUCGGUGAAGGAGGGCAAAUCCCUGAGCCUGGAGUGCCUGGGCCGGGGCGAGCCACGGCCGCUGGUGCGCUGGAGCCGGCCGGGCUCCCGGCAGAAGGUGGAGCACCAGACACUGCUGCACAUGGACAGCCAGGCCAUCCUGCAGCUCUCACCAGCCAAGCCGGAGCACGCCGGCACCUACGUCUGCACCGCGCACAGCGCCCUGGGCUCGGCGCAGGCACGGGUGGACGUCACCGUGGAGUCAGCGCAGCGGCACCCGGGUGCCCCCGAGGUCUCGGCGCCUGCCGCUGUCACCGUGGUGGCCGGGGACACAGCCACGCUGCACUGCACGGCCAGAGGGGACCCGGAGCCCCGCAUCGAGUGGUCGAAGCUGCGGGCGCCGCUGCCGUGGCAGCACCGGGUGGUGAACGGGACGCUGGUGAUCCCCCGCGCCGCGCAGCAGGACUCGGGGCAGUACAUCUGCAACGCUACCAGUGCCGCCGGUGCCACCGAGGCCUUCGUCACCCUCGACGUGGAGACACCACCAUACGCCACCAGCCUGCCGGAGGACACCGCGGUGCGCGCCGGUGACGCGCUGCAGGUGCAGUGCCUGGCCCAUGGCACCCCCCCGCUGCUCUACACGUGGGACAAGCUCAACGGCAGCCUCUCGGCACGCACCAGCCACCGCGCCGGCCUCCUGCACAUCAGCCCCGCGCUGCCCGCCGAUGCCGGCACCUACCGCUGCCGCGUCACCAACCGCGUGGGCACCGCCGAGGCCUUCUCCCGCGUGGCCGUCCAUGGUGAUGCCGGUGACGGUGGGGAUGCCAUCGGCGGUCCCUUGGUGGUGCGGGUGACACCGGGGAGCCUCGUCAGGGGCAUUGGCGGCACGGCUGAAUUCACUUGUGCUGUCUCUGGGGACCCCCGGGUGCAUCUGGUGUGGUUGAAGGACGGUGGGGAGCUGCCCCCCAACCACAGCGUGCGGGACGGGGUGCUGAGGAUACCGGAGCUGGCGUGGGGCGCGCAGGGGGUCUAUGUGUGCCGGGCCAGCGCCCCAGGCAGGCAGGCGGAGGACAGGGCCACCCUCAGCAUGCAGGCUCUCCCCAGGGCGCUGAUCAACAUCCGGACCGCGGUGCAGACGGUGCUCGCCGGGACCUCAGUGGAGCUGGAGUGCCUGGGCUUGGGCGACCCCCGUCCCCACGUCACCUGGAGCAAAGUGGGGGGCCGCAUCCGGCCCGGGGUGCUGGUGCGCGCUGGCACCCUCACCUUCGAGCGCGUGGAGCGGGCGGACGCCGGGCAGUACCGCUGCACCGCCACCAACGCCGUGGGCACCGUCCAGUCCCACGUCAUCCUCCACGUGCAAGCCACCCCCCAGAUCGCCGGGCAGCCGGAGGUGAAGGAGGUCUCGGUGGGAGCCGCGGCUGUUUUGCCCUGUUUGGCAUCGGGAUUCCCGGUGCCGGAGAUCACCUGGAGCAAGCUGGAGGGGGAGCUGCCGGCCGGUGCCAAGGUGGAGGGGAACGUGCUGACGCUGCCGGCUGUGAGCCAUGAGGAUGCUGGUGUCUAUGCCUGUGCUGCUGCCAACCACCGCGGCCGGGAGACAGCGUAUUACGUGCUCAAGGUCCGAGAGCGCCUGCUCCCCUAUUUUGGGCAGACGCCCCGCUCCUUCCUGCCCCUGCCCACCAUCAAGGAUGCCUACAAGAGGUUUGAGAUCCUCAUCACCUUCCGGCCGGACGCUGCUGAUGGGCUCCUCCUCUACAACGGGCAGCGCAAAACCAGCGGUGCCGACUUCAUCUCCUUCGGUUUGGUGGGCGGGCGCCCCGAGUUCAGGUUUGACGCCGGUUCGGGCAUGGCGACCAUCCGGCACCCAACACAACUGCGCCUGGGCGAGUACCACAGCAUCCGGCUGCUCCGCAACCUGACAUGGGGUUCACUGGCACUGGAGGGGCACCCCCCGGUCAAUGGCACCUCCCAGGGGAGGUUUCAAGGGCUGGACCUGAACGAGGAGCUGUACCUGGGGGGUUACCCCGACUUCAGCGCCGUGGAGAAGACGGGGCUCAGCCGUGGGUUUAUGGGCUGCGUGCGCCAGCUCCGCAUCCAAGGGGAGGAGGUGGCCUUUGGGGACAUGGACCUGCAGGCGCACGGUAUCACCAGCUGUCCCACGUGCCAGGACCAGCCGUGCCAGAACGGUGGCGUGUGCCAGGACGCCGAGAGCGGCACCUACGUCUGCCGCUGUCCCCAUGGCUUCACCGGCAGCAACUGCGAGUACUCGCAGGCGUCGCAUUGUCACCCGGAGGCGUGUGGGGCUGAUGCCACCUGCGUCAACCGGCCCGAUGGGACGGGCUAUACCUGCCGCUGCCACCUGGGCAAGAGCGGGGAGAGGUGCACCGAGGGCGAGGCGGUGACGGUGCCGUCCUUCGGCGAGGCCGGAGCCUUCGUGUCCUACCCGCCCCUCACCAACGUGCACCACGAGCUGCGGGUGGAGGCCGAGUUCCUGCCGCUGGCUCCCGACGGGCUCCUGUUCUUCAGCGCCGGCAAAGCCGCCCCGGUCGAGGACUUCGUGGCCUUGUCCAUGGCUGGCGGCCACCUCGAGUUCCGCUAUGAGCUGGGCUCAGGCACGGCGGUGCUGCGGAGCGCGGAGCCGCUGGCGCUGGGGCAGUGGCACUGGGUGAUGGCCGAGCGGGUGCACAAGGACGGGACCCUGGUGGUGGACGAGGCCGCGGCGGUGAAACGCUCCUCGCCCGGCAAGAGCCUGGGGCUGAACCUUCGCUCCCCGCUUUACCUGGGGGGCACCGAGCCCCCCCUGCGCCCCCCAACCAACGCCUCCUUCCAGGGCUGCAUCGGAGAGGUGUCCAUCAACGGGAAGCGCCUGGAGCUGCCCUAUGGGUUCCUGCGGAGCCGCGGCGUGGGGCAGUGCCGGGGCCGCUCGCCCUGCGCCGGGGCCGUUUGCGUGCACGGGGGUCGCUGCCUGCGCCCCGCAGCCCCCGGGGCCGCCCCGAGCUGCCGCUGCCAGCCCGGUUUCAGCGGGCCGCGCUGUGAGCAGGAGGAGGAAGGGUGCCCGCGCCAGCCCUGCCUGCACGGUGGCACCUGCACCGGCACAGCCUGCCUCUGCCCCCCCGGCUACAGCGGCCCCCUCUGCCAGCACCGUCUGGCCCUGGAGCUGGAGCAGGACUGGCAGGAGGGCAGCGGGGGCAGCGAUGCCCCAGGACAGUUCAGUGUCAGUCUCCAGGAUGGCUCCUACCUGGCCCUGCCCGCCCACCUCCUGCCCCGAGGCCCCCCCGAGGCACCCGAGACCAUGGAGCUGGAGCUGCGGACGGGCAGCGCUGAGGGGCUGGUGCUGUGGCAUGGGGCGGAGCCCAGCGAGGGUGGCAAAGCCAAAGACUUCAUUGGCCUCGGCUUGAAGGAUGGGCACCUGGUGUUCAGCUACCAGCUGGGCAGUGGUGAGGGCACCAUCAUCUCCGAAGAUCCCAUCAAUGAUGGCGAGUGGCACCGGGUGACAGUGACAAGGGAGGGCCGUCGCGGGCAGCUGCAGGUGGAUGGGGAGGAGCCGGUGAGUGGGGAGUCCCCAGGAACCAACAUCAUGGCCAACACCGAGGGCAGCAUCUACGUGGGCGGCGCCCCAGACCCCCCCAGCCUGACGGCCGGCAAGUACCGCUCCGGCAUCACCGGGUGCCUGCGGGGCCUGGUGCUGGCGCCCGCUGGUGCCCCCCGACACCCCAUCGACCUGCGGCACGGCGCGGUGGGGGGCUCCCCCGCCCCCCCCUGCCCGCACUAACAUAUCCCACCCCCCCGGCUGUAUUUUGGGGGGAAUUUGGCCAAUUUUACUCUUUUUCCAAAAACAAGACAGGAGGAAACGGUGCUUCGCUGCCCCGGGGUGACCCCGGGGGGGGGGGGGCCGGGACCCCCAUAAAUGUUUACACCCCCCACCACCACCACUACACCAGCCCCCCAAACCUGUGCCGGGGCGGCCGGGCCGCCCGGGGCCCCCCGGGAUGGAGGCGGGGUGGGGAUGCGAGGGACAAUCGGGUGCUGGCGGGGCCCCCAGGGGCAGCAUUAAAGGAGAGAGAACCA